AUGACUGUAAGUGAAAGGCUGAGAGGACCAUCUGCUCGAGAAGUCUUCAGCCUUGAGCCACUCUGCGACUCGGAGAUCGAGCUUCACGGAUCUGCAUCCUGUGGAACACUGCGAUUGGUGGACAUGCAGAUGAUGCAUGGCCCCAGAAGACCUCCAGCAGAGGGCCAAAAAAAGUAUUUGGAGAGCCAAAGUUGUACCCAGGAGAUACUUGUACGGGAUAGCCAGGGUACACCGGGUCCAGGGUUCAUUUGGAUAUCAUUUUCAGGCCAGCUGGAUACUACAAGAAUUAUCAGGACCAGCUAA